AUGCCUGAAGACUGGAAGAAGGCCAAUGUGGUGCCUAUCUUCAAGAAAGGGAGGAAAGUGGAUCUGGCAAACUACAGGCCCAUCAGCCUGACCUCUAUCCUGGGGAAGGUCUUAGAAAAAAUCAUCAAGGAGGCCAUUCUUAAUGGACUGGCAGAUGGUAACACCCUGAGGGAUAGCCAGCAUGGGUCUGUUGUGGAUAAAAUGCAAGAUGCCAGACACAUCCUAGUUGUAACACCCUGGGAUCCUACUCCAGCUUUGUCAGCGCCACACCUUCAAACAUCCUUGUGUGGGAGCAGAGAGACGGGUCCCUCUGGGGCACCAGGACCAGAGGCAAGGUUACCUCCAGCUCACCAGGCCUGUCACAGUUUCUGCAGGAAAGCAAUCUGCCUCACUGGAGAUAAGGUGAAGCGGCACCUGGAGUGACCAGCAUCAAGUAAGUAUUUACCUUUUGGGAAUUCACAGUUUUAUAUAUUUUUCCCUAUAUAUUUUCUUUCCACCUGCCUGCUUUCUGCUUGGGGUCUCAUGCUUUACCUGUCACAUUCCCCGGGGUUUUAAUUAAAAAAAAUCUCACAGUCAAUCAGCAUAGUCCGUGCCACUACUUAUAGUCAGUUAGGUACUUAAGGUCUGAUUCCCUUCUUCCUAUGCAAGGCAAGACCAGCCUUUUCCCACUGUCUUAGUCCUUUUUUUUUUUUAAUUAAAUAAACCCAAAGUCCCAAAAGGAAGAAAACAAAUAAAGAACUUUCCUCCCUG